UCUCGAGACAGGUCUGAACCUAAACAUCGUCGUCUUCGAUUUCCCGCGGUUCCUCGCUCCUGCUCCCACUUUCUCGCGUUGAUAAUUUCGAAGUAUGAAUAAUCGUGCAACGAGCUUAUUUAUUUCUUAGAUCAGACGGCGGCGAAGUUUUCCGACGACUUUUCUAACCCUUGAGACAUACGGGAGUUUCAGAAGGAAAACAAUGGUUUCUGGAUUGAUUAAUGCGAACCCAGUUGUUUACGAGAAGAAAGAAAGGUGUCUUCGAAGUGGCCCGAGCAGUACAGAUGAGUAUUCGGUCGAACCAAUAGAUCAACUCGAGAUAUUUGACCAUAUUAGGGAUAUUAAAGAUCCGGAGCAUCCCUAUUCUCUGGAGGAGCUCAAAGUAGUAACUGAAGAUUCGAUAGAGGUAGAUGACGAGAAGAGUUAUGUUAGGGUUACCUUCACACCGACGGUUGAACAUUGUAGCAUGGCAACUGUUAUCGGUCUUUGCCUCCGUGUCAAACUACUAAGGAGCCUUCCUCCUCGUUACAAAGUUGACAUAAGGGUUGCACCUGGUAGUCAUGCAACCGAAGCUGCUGUCAAUAAACAGCUUAACGACAAAGAACGUGUAGCGGCAGCUUUAGAGAAUCCAAACCUUGUGGAUAUGGUUGAUGAAUGCUUACUCCCAUCUUAUGAAUGAAAGCUUUUGCAUUCAAGACAACACCUGUAAGGUACACCACUAUACUCAAAUGGGUUAUAUAUCCGUCCUUGUUUCGUGAGAGAUUUUGUGAUAUGAGUUGCUCGGUUUAGGCGCAUGGGCGAGGAUUCGCUUUCAUCAUGCCCGAGUAUUCGCCUGUUCUUAGGUUUUCUUGGACACAAAUGUUCUUCACUCUUCAGUGAAAAAGUUACAAUACAAGACAAUGUACGGCUGUUGUGAAGUCACCUAAGAUCUGUUUGUUGAGUGUGUUUUUGUCAAAGUUUAAAACUUUUCAUUGUUUAAUAAUGUAAGAUUAAGCCGUCUGAUCCAAGGAAACAUGUGAAACAAGAAGCCCUUAAUGUUUCUCUAA